ACCGGAGGACUUCCUGGUACCAGAGCUCCAGGCCACUGAGGAGGAGAAGAACAAGCUGGAGUCGGGCAUGGCCAACGGGGACGAACCCAUGGACCAGGACUCCUCAUCCAAAGUACCCACCAAGUGUACUUCCACUACGGAGAACCUAGAGAUCAAAGCCAGGGUAACUUAUAUCGACUACGAGGGRCGCUCGGACGGUGACUCCAUCAAGAAGAUCAUUAACCAAAUGAAGCCGCGGCAGCUGGUGAUCGUGCAUGGCCCCCCCGAGGCCAGCCUGGACCUGGCCGAGUCCUGCAAGGCCUUCACCAAGGACAUCAAGGUCUACACGCCCAAGCUGCAGGAGACUGUGGACGCCACCAGUGAGACACACAUUUACCAGGUGCGGUUGAAAGACUCACUGGUGAGCUCGCUGCAGUUCUGCCGCGCCAAGGACACAGAGCUGGCGUGGAUCGACGGCGUACUGGACAUGCGCGUGGUCAAGGUGGACACAGGCGUGCUGCCUGAGGAGGGCAUGGUGAAAGGCGAGAAGGGAACUGGCGAGGAGGUUGUGGAAGACAGCGAGCUGGCCAUGGACGUGACCCCUGCUGACGAUGCCACCACAGACCAUAGCGUGGUGGCGCAGCAGCGCGCCAUGAAGACGUUGUUUGGCGAGGAUGUGCGCGAGCUGUCGGAGGAGAGUGAUGUCAUCCCUACCCUGGAGCCUCUGCCUGCCCACGAGAUCCCAGGCCACCAGUCAGUGUUUAUCAACGAGCCGCGCCUGUCCGACUUCAAGCAGGUACUGCUGAGGGAGGGCAUCCAGGCUGAGUUUGUGGGAGGAGUGCUGGUGUGUAACAACAUGGUGGCCGUCCGCAGGACGGAGGCGGGGCGCAUCGGCCUGGAAGGAUGCCUGUGUGAUGACUAUUAUAAGAUCCGUGAGCUGCUGUAUCAGCAGUAUGCUGUGGUGUAGGAGGGAGGAGCUGCAUCAGCAGUAUGCUGUGGUAUCCUGUAGGAGAGAGGAGCAACAUGCAGCAGAGAUGGUGUCAGUCAUGACAGUAUCACACAGACAGGAUGGAGGAGAGUGAGGACUAUUACCCAGAGGACCACAGGGUUCUAGGUGUUCUCCACACACAGGCUGCCUGAGCUCCCCUCGGGAGCCUCCAGCUGUUUGAAUUCCAACUGCUGUGUUGAUUUGUCGUCCCCCCCCCCCCAUUUAAAAAUCUGUUUACUGUUUAUUGUGUGUCUUUCCCCACCGCAGUGAGAGACAGAUGGGCUUUUCUGGAGUGACCUCUCCUUGAUGUGACCCUUAGGGUAAUUUUUACCUCUCCUCAAGCCCCCUCGGCUCUGGACUGGGCUGGCGAGGUGAAAGCUCACCGCUGGAGAGUCCCAACAUCGUUCGACGUAGGCUGGAAUGGUUUAUCAGUGUAUCUGUUGUUUUGUGUUUCUCUUUAAAGCUGCAAUAUGUAAUGUUUUGGUGACCCAACCAAAUUCACAUAGAAAUGGGAGUUUUUGAUAUGUCGUUCUCAUUGAAAGCAAGUCUAUGAAGUGGUAGAUCUGUUGUAUUUCGAUGCUUCCCAUUACGUUUUGUUUUUGCAACUUUUACUUUCGGAUUCAUACACCAGCCUCAAACAGCCAAAAAAUGCUAUAUUUUGGGUUAUUGAAAAGAUAUUUCACCGUGGUUUAGAUAGUACAAUGAUUCUCUACAGUAUACAUCGUUUGUUUUGUCACAUAAACUGAGAUUAUUAGAAUUUUAGCAACCAGGAAAUGGCGGCGCGAUUACUGCAUAUUGGACCUUUAAAUUCCCUUUUCUGAACAAAUAAAUGUGUUUGUUUCCUAUAUAUUUUCCCGUGGGUUGAGAGGGGAACGAGACGUGUUUACGCUGUAGGCAGGGUUGGGGGCAAUUCAGGAAGUGAACAGUGUUUCAAUGAGGUCCAAUUUUUUUAUAUUUUUUUAAGUUUUCAUUUUUACUUCCUGAGUUGAUUAAAUGGAUUUGCCUGUAUGUAGGCAGGUUCCAUUACAGGGGCUUUACUAAACGGUACUGCUGCAGUUACAGUUUGACGCCACUUGAUGGAGCCAUGUUUCAUCCAUUCUGUCUGCCUCAGAUUCCCUUUAUCAAGUGUGUUCACACAGCAGCAGUUCCAGGGUUAGAGAUGACAUUGUCCCUGCAGUGAUAUCUUGGUAAAUUAGCAUAAUGCACUGUCAUGUAAAUAACACACUAGAAUAGUACAUUCUCUCAUGCUUGUAUUUCAGGUAACUGAAAUCAGGUUUAUUAUGAGACCGAGGAAAGUAAAAAUUGAUUUUAAAAUGG